AUGUUUGCUUCGUCCUCUGGGAGGUCACCAGCUUGGACAUGGCCAGAAGAUCUCCCAAGCUCGACGCCGGGCACUUUUCCUGAGCCGCAGCAGAAAGAGCCUGAAGCUACCACAAGCACAGAGAGUACUGAAAGUACAAGCACCUCAAACCAUAGGCCCCAACGUCACUACCCCCCGCGGACGUGUCGGAUAUGCUUAGAGACCGUCUAUCCAACAUCGGAAACUGAAUCACAAUACUUACCUAGCAUGCUUCAAUCGAAACCGCGCAUUAUUUACGUAUCAUCCGAUCCAGAACUUGGCCGUCUUUUACGACCUUGCAAAUGCAAAGGGUCUUCGGCUUAUGUGCACGAAGGCUGCUUACAAUCUUGGCGCCACGCCGAUCCAUCCUAUGGAGAACGCAACUACUGGCAAUGCCCGACCUGCGGAUUCAAGUAUCGUUUCCAGAGAGUAAUCUGGGCUCGCUGGAUUACAAGCACUGUAGCGCAACUUAUUCUCACCUUUUCAGUUUUGCUGUUUACUAUCUUUGUACUCGGUUUUUUUGCUGACCCUAUUAUCAAUCUCUACCUGGAUCCCGUCGAGACCAUUAUUGGCUCUGAAUUUUGGGAAGAAACUCACGUGCUGGAUGUGCCAGAUUUAGGUGAAGAAUCAACUUGGUUGGAGCAUUUUCUCAAGGGGUUUGCCUCUCUUGGAGUGUUGUCUGUUAUCAAAGCGUUUUUAGCAUUGUCUCCUUGGCGUUGGUAUUUACGGGGGUCUGGUUUGAUCAGUGGAGGACGGAAUACAGGCCGUCAGCGUGUUGCCUCUAUCAACUGGCUGGUGAUAUUGUUCGGGGUGGUCACAUUUCUAGUGGCUGUCUAUAAAGGUGUCCGUCAAUUAGUUCGCAAAGCUUUACAGAGGGCUGGUGAGCGAGUCCUUGAUGUACAAGGCGACGAGGAUGGUGACGAUGUUGAUGAAAUGCCUCCUGACCACAUAAAAAAGGAGGAUUAA